ACAAACACGGAAAGAAGAAGAAGAAGAAAACAACAGAGGCACCGCGGAACUAUUACAAGAAGAAGAAGAAAAGAAGCUACACCUUCAACGACAAAUACACAAAUAACCGCAACAACACCCGUGACAGCCGCGGGAGAUCGGCACAAAGACCUUCAGAUAAAACCAUGCCCAAAAAGAGGGAACCCGUUAAAGGUGGCGCUCCUAUGCCAAAGAUCCGAGAGGACUCGAGGCUCAUGCGCACGCACGAAUCUAUGGUAGAUUUCAUACAUGGACGUCCACCCACAGGCUCCAUCAUGGACCUGUUUACCUCUGGAUUAGUAGGUUUAGAUUUUUUAAGGACCUUGGAAGGAGAACUGGAGGACGACAUUGUGUAUUCUGAUGACGACGACGACUACGAUGAUCAUCCCUGUAAAGCACACAAUGCUGCUUACAAUAAUUUAAAACCACAUCCGCGAAUAAAACAACUGACCAACGAGGAGGCUGAUAAACAUGCAAAGGACUUGUUGGAAGAAGAGGAACGACGAAAGGACAAAACUGUGAAGAACAAGCGUAAGAAAUUGCGCAAAAAAGAAAAGAAACGGUUCGAAAAGGAGAAUGCGGUUAAAGACAUUUUACCUGAGGAAGAAAAGGGAAAAUCUGACUCCUCAGACAAUUUAAUGGAAAAUCCUGUUAGUGAAAUUAAAACGGAAGCAAAAGAUUCUCCUGAAUCUUGUCAAACUCCAAAUGGACCUAAGGCUGCUAGUUGUGAUGAGAAACGUGCUAAUAAUACAAAAGAAAAUCUUAAGGAGGUUAAUAAAACCGAAGAUCAGCAGCAAAAGCAGGAUUUUGAUUUAAAUAAUUCAAGCGCUUCUACAACAAAAUCGGUGGCCGAGGAGACGCGCAGCGAGAGACCUGCAGCGGAACGGAAAAAGAAAAAGAAUAAAUUACUGGACGUGUCGCCGCCCAAAGAGGAAAAGCCGAAAGUUGUGGAAAAACUCAAAGUUAAGAAAAAGAAGGAAGAGAAACAAAAACCCAAUGAAGAGAGACCCAUCGACCCGGCGGCAGAAGAGUCGGCCCAAAGGAGCCGGGAGCUGGCUGCUUUUGGAAACCGCUUGGCCGCCCUGGGACAGUACGAGACGGCCGUGCAGUGCUUCACCGACGCCAUCAAAUACAACCCGCAGGAAUCCAAGUUGUUUGGAAAUCGUUCCCUGUGUUACGAAAGGCUGCAGCAGUACGACAACGCGCUGAGCGACGCGGAUCAGGCGCUCUCCAUGGAGCCAAACUGGAUAAAAGGUUUAUUUAGGAAAGGCAAAGCGCUCUGUGGGCUCAAGAGAUACUACGAGGCCUCGCUGAUCUACAGGGAGGUGCUGAAGCUGGACGCUUCCAGCGGCGAAGCCGAGCAGGAGCUGAAGCGAGCGCAGACGCUGCACCUCAUGGAAAUGGGAUUCAACUGGGCGCAGAGCUCGGCGGCCUUGAAAACGCACGCCACGUUGGAGCAAGCGGUGGAAGCUCUGUUUGGGGAAGAAGAUGUCGGGGCCUGCCGGGCCGACGUGGACCCGCUGCUGGCGGCGCCGCCGGAAGCCGACGGGGGCGAGUGGAUUCACCUACGGAGUCGUUCCAGAAUUCAGCGGGUCAAACAGUCCGACGCCCAAAGCAGAUCGACUUCACGGUCCCCGACACCUCUUUCAGGGAAUCCUGUGAAACUGGAGAUCUUCUCUGUUUGGGUUGGGUCCUUGAGUCCUGCUAUCACCUACUCGACGCUACACGAGCUCUUCAGCAGAGCCGGGACGGUGCACAGCAUCAAGAUGCUGCUGGAGCAACAGUGCGUCUUCGUGAACUACACCAGUGUGGAGGACUGCGACCGGGCCAUCCAGUGUUUUAAUGGGAUGGUGGUCGAGGGCUCGCCGCUCUCUGUGCGAUACCCCAAUAAAUUCCGGUUCGGUGCGUUCAGCUCCGCGGCCUCUGACCCCUUUCCACGCCUCAACCUGUACAAGAAGGAGUGCUUCUUCUGGAGGACCGUUGGCUGCACGAGGCUGGACUGCACCUUCCGACACGUCCCGGAGCACAAGAAUGUUGACAAGGACAAGUUCUCUGGUAGAAAUGUCAACAUGUAGGAAGUGGGAAAUGAGAAGCAGGCACUUGACGCGGGGGGGUCCGACUGUGAGUUUCGGGUGAGACUAUUUUCGGCCGAAGAAAACAAUUUGUGUUUUUGGAUUCUGUUGCACUUGUGGAAAGUGCACCAAUGCUGUAUUAAUUUUAUUGAUCGCAUCAAACUAGAUUUACAUCCCACUGCAUCUGAAUGAUUUGUGGGCUUUGAACAUUCCUUUGCUGAGGAUUUUUUUUUUUCUUCUUUUUUUUUUGAUCAACCUUUCUGUUUGAAGAUUGUAUUCAAACACUUGAAUUUUACUUUGUUUUUUCUGCAUUUUCAAAUUAAUGUUUCUGUUAAGUCACCAGUAGGUGGCGCUGGUUCCUUUUUAUCCCUCAACUUUGGGCCUACAAAUGAUUUGUUUCACUUUAAAGGUUGUGAUUUGACUUUGUUUUGCGAUCGGCACAUUUUAAUGUGCUAUAUUUAAUUUUGGGUCGGUUCAGUAUUUAUGUAAAUCCUGUUUGUAACGCUAUGCAUGUUGGGAGAAUGUUUUAAAUGGAGUGAUGUUUGGACAUACGCUCAUAUAAAUAAGUGCCUUUUUAGUUUCACUGUGGCUGCAGUUGAUCUUAGUUCAACCCAGAGGGAAUAAAAGCCUCAACUUUAAGAGCGUUAAUGCCUCUCCGUAAAUUGAUGCACUCGGUAGAAGACCAAAGGCUCUGUGCAGCUGCAACAGAUCAGUCUGGAUACGACUCGCUGCAAAGAAUACUCAAGUCGGCCGGAUGAUAAGCUGCACGAGGCUGAGGCUAAAGCUAAAGCGUGUCAUUUGGGUUAUGAGGUCGGAGGAAACGUAUCCAGAUUAAUAUCCCGGCAGCAGCUGUGCUUCCUGUUGCGGCGCUCGUCUCCGGUCAGCCUGAGUUGGAGCAAAGUGCCAGUUAAACGCCUGAAAGUAACUUCUGCGCCUGAGACUUUAUUCCUCUAAGCCCCAAAAUGCCUCCUGCUAGUCUCCCCGGUUCUCCUGUUGAGGCGCGUGAGCUUUGUGUAGAUCCCUCCGCCCCAAAGCACAGCAGGUUUGUUAUUUGACUCGAGUGCGUCAAGGUACUUUGUGACCCCUGUUAUGUAAAGUUUCAGGUGUGCGUUUACAAAACGAACAAAAAAAAGAGCUGAAUAAUGACCCACCCCAAAAAAAGAGGCAUUGAUCUGUGUAAAGCGCUUGGUGUGGACCUUACCGGCGGAGCAGCUGUAGUCGUGGGCAUUAAUUGGCCGGCGGUGGCAUAACUCACAAAGCCCCUCUGGGCCGUGUGGGACUUGAGAGCAUGAAAGGCCCAUAAUACGAAUAACAUGAACUCUGGCUGAACCCAGAGAACGCACCGGGACAUUACCAACCUGCAAAAAGGGGCUAUAUUUAAUCUUAUUGGCCCGCUUGGAACUUGUUCCAAUGCAGAUAAAGACCCCGAUAAGAGGUUGGCGCUCAUCGACGCAGCGCCGCUCCCGGACAAAGCCGAUCCCUCACUUAACCAAAGCAAACACCGGGAAGAUUAAGCGCGUCUUGUUAAAAGGCUGCAUGGUUUGUGGAGCUUUCAACAGAUUUAUCUUUCUCUCCCCCCCUCAACGGGAGGAAAGGGACAACAAGAAAAACACAGCAACAGACGAGUUGCUCUCCCACGCCUUCUGCUUUUUGAAAUGUGGCUGCGCAGCAAAAAUCCCCCUCAACACUUUGUUUAUUUCACUUUGUAUUCGCUGGUUUAAAGUGAGCAGGGGGUUUCUGCAGGGUUUAAGUCUCUAAAUGCUACAUUUCUAGUGUUAUUUAUCGUGGUUAAUCAAAUAUAAUGACAGAUUAGCUUUGUUUUUGUGUUUUAAAAUCCUGAAAGAUAAUAUGUAAACGUCCAGUUGUAACUUGUGGUCUUUGUCAACACAACAUAUCAAAGUUAUGAUUAAGUAUUUGAAGUAUAUUGAGGUAUUCUUUGUCUAUAGUGGAACAUGCCAGUACGACCAAUACUUUGGGCCUCCAUCCCGACCUUUACACUGAAAUGUUAACGUAUCGUAAUGGACGCGGCGUUGUGGUGGUGGACGCGCACAAUGGGAGGCAUCUGCUCCACUGCCGUCCUCCUUUUGUUGCUCUCUGAAAUGAAUACAGUAAUUGUCACAAUGAGAGAUUGACCUUCCCUUUUUUAAUCUAGACAGCGGCCCCCUUAACAAGUUAAAAUAGCGCAAACCCAAUUAGGGAAUUGAUUGCUUGCUCAUUUCCCUCAUUUGCAUCCGGUCCAUAUAGGGGAGAUGAAUGAACGCCGAGUCUUUUGUCCACGCUGUCUUUCCCGCUAGAGGAGCACCGGCAGUCUUUUGUCUCCGGUUGAUGGCGUCGUUGCUGUUUAACACCUUCAGGAGAUUAACACUAACCACUUUAUAAAUAUAGAGGUUUUCACGGUGCCUCGAUAAUGGGACGCAUCGGUCCGCACAGCUGUCAUUUACUGUCUUAUUACAGGUUUCAAAUGUGAUUAUUAUGUUGUUCUGGUUUCUAUUCGAUGGAAAACACAAAGCGUGAAUUGUUCUCGUUGUCAACAAACGCCUCCAUGUAAAGGUCAUAAGCAGCAAUGUGCUAGUCCUUCAUCCCGUCUCUGUAUCCUGUAUGUUGCAAAAAAACGCUGGGGGCCGUAGUCUUUAUAUAGUGACUGAUGCAGAUGUUGGGACUAUUUUCAGCUGUGGAUUAAUACAAAGGGACCACGUUAGGAGGAUUUGGGGAGCACUACCUUGUUGUGUGAUGUCAGCGCCGUGAUUAGGUAAGCAAGGUCACCAGGACGGUCCUCUGUAGAGCAGAAGGCUGCAGAACCUUCAACAAAAGGCCAUGGGGCGGGUUGCAUUGUGGGUAAUGGAGGCUUGAGGUUUUGUCAAGGAACAAAACACAAAAGGUUAUUGAACUGUUAGUUUGGUUACUUAAUUUUUGUAUUUUCGUGAUAUUUAUUGACAAAUUAAAGAUGUUAACAGAUUAAAUAGUUAACAUGUAACUACGAUUUGGGCAACAAUACUUGUGAUUAACACACUAGUGCGGCCCUUGUGACAAUGCUUGUUUUGGUGUUCAAUAAAACUCUCCAACUCUC